AUGAUAUGUUCUGAUUUUUUUAAGGGAGAAGAAGGACCAGUUGGACCCUUUGGAGAACUGGGACCAAGAGGAAAACCAGGUCGAAAGGGAUCUGCAGGUGAACCAGGACCAGAAGGCUUAAAGGGAGAAGUAGGAGAUGAAGGAAAUAUUGGAAAAAUUGGUGAAACAGGACCUCUUGGCCUACCUGGAGAAGUCGGGAUGACUGGAAGCAUUGGUGAAAAGGGAGAGCGUGGGAGUCCAGGCCCAGUAGGUCCCCAGGGGGAAAAGGGUGUGAUGGGCUAUCCAGGUCCUCCUGGGAUUCCAGGACCCUUGGGUCCUCUAGGAUUGCCUGGUCAUGUAGGGGCAAGAGGACCACCUGGGAGUCAAGGUUCUAAAGGACAAAGAGGCCCAAGAGGACCAGACGGUCUCUCAGGGGAACAAGGUAUACAAGGUGCCAAGGGUGAAAAAGGAGGUCAAGGAAAAAGAGGAUCUCAUGGUCUUACUGGUAAGACUGGAAACCCUGGCGAGAGAGGUAUUCAAGGGAAACCAGGUUUACAGGGACUACCUGGAAGUACAGGAGACAGGGGACUUGCAGGAGAACCAGGACCACGAGGACUAAAAGGUGAUGCUGGUCCUCCUGGAGAGAUGGGCAUUGAGGGACCUCCAGGCAUUGAGGGAGAAUCUGGUCUGCAAGGCGAGCCAGGUGCAAAGGGAGAUGUUGGACCUGCAGGCAGUCCUGGAGGAACUGGGGAACCAGGGUUACGGGGUGAACCAGGAGCUCCCGGAGAAGAAGGUCUCCAAGGAAAAGAUGGAUUAAAGGGAGUUCCAGGAGAAAGAGGCCUUCCUGGAGAAGAUGGAGAAAAAGGAGAGAUGGGCUUACCAGGAACUAUAGGGCCCUUGGGUAGACCAGGUCAAAUGGGCCUUCCGGGACCUGAAGGAACUAUGGGAAUUCCAGGACAAAGAGGUCAUCCAGGAAAAAAGGGCGAUAAAGGACAAAUAGGACCCACAGGAGAAGUUGGAAGCAGAGGUCCUCCUGGACAAACCGGGGAAAGUGGUCCUAAGGGUACCAGAGGAACUCAGGGUGCUGUGGUCAGUAUUUGA